AAAAAGAUAAAAACAAAAAUAAAUGAAGUGAUUGGUAAAUGGGUCCCACGUAACGGUGUUAUUUGGGUUGUGCUUGUGGCUGUGGUGCGGUGUGAUUUGGCCAUUCCCUUCUUCCUGUAUCACUUUAGCAUUUUCUACAGUGCGCCCCGUUUCUUAUCCUUCACCACCAUUCUUCAAUCUCCAUCACUACGCUAAUCCACCUUCAUUCUUCACCUCUUCGAUCUCAAAAACAACUCAACCACUUUAUGGAUUUGUGCUCUGAACAACGUUCUUGAUCGUGAAGAAAGCUCGUUACGGAUCUGCACUGAAAACUUCAUCCCUGUUCCAAUCCAAUGGCUGGAAGUAACCAACUCAACCCUAGCGAUUCAAAGAUGGUGGUUCCGUUGAACAUGUGGGUUUUAAUCUCGAAUUUUAAGUUAGCAUACAAUCUUCUCCGUCGUCCUGAUGGAACUUUCAACCGUGACUUGGCGGAGUUUCUUGAUCGUAAAGUUCCGGCGAAUGCAAACCCUGUGGAUGGAGUGUUUUCUUUUGAUGUGAUUGUUGACAGGGAAACGAAUCUCCUCACUCGAAUUUACCGUCCUGUUGAGGGAGAUGAAAGUCAUGUGAACAUUGUUGACCUUGAGAAGCCCGUCACUGCUGAGGUUGUACCUGUUCUUAUGUUCUUCCAUGGUGGAAGUUUUGCACAUUCUUCAGCUAAUAGUGCGAUAUAUGAUACUUUGUGUCGUCGAUUGGUUGGUAUUUGUAAUGCUGUUGUUGUGUCUGUGAAUUAUAGGCGUGCACCUGAAAAUAGGUACCCUUGUGCUUAUGAAGAUGGGUGGAAAGCUCUUAGAUGGGUUAGUUCUAGAACUUGGCUGCAGAGUAAAAAGGAUAACAAGGUUCAGAUCUACAUGGUUGGCGAUAGCUCGGGCGGGAACAUUGUGCACCAUGUUGCUUUGAAGGGUAUGGACUCUGGAAUUCAGGUGUUGGGGAAUAUACUUCUCAACCCAUUGUUUGGCGGGGAGGAAAGAACGGAAUCUGAAAAGCGUCUCGAUGGGAGGUACUUUGUUAGAGUGAAAGAUAGAGACUGGUAUUGGAGGGCUUUUCUUCCUGAAGGAGAAGACAGAGACCAUCACGCGUGUAACCCUUUUGGUCCCAAUGGUCAAAGCCUUGAAGGGGUUGUGUUUCCUAAGAGCCUUGUCGUGGUUGCUGGUUUGGAUCUUGUUCAGGAUUGGCAAUUGGGGUAUGCAAAAGGGCUUGAGAAAGCUGGACAAAACGUGAAGUUGCUCUUUCUGGAGCAAGCGACUGUCGGGUUUUACUUGCUUCCAAAUAAUGAACACUUCUCUGCUUUGAUGGAUGAGAUAAAACAUUUUGUGAGCUCUGACUGUUGAUAGGCUUAACUUUUGCUACACAUGAAGGGGGUUUUAUUAGAGGAUUGUGUAGGUAAUAGCUAUGCCACUUAUUAACUGUUAUACAUUUUGGCCUCUUUUACUGUAGGACUUUGCUCCCCUGAUUUAGGUACUUAUAUAUGAUAUUAAUUGUGUCUGUGAGAAUGGUGUAAUGUAAUGUAUGUAAUCAGCAUAUAGCUAUAUUAUGUUUUCUGAAACACACCAUCAGGAAAUCGGGUGUUUCGGAUAGGUGAAAGUUGUUUUUUAGGACAAAAAAGGGGGAGCUAUGGCCAUGUUUAUGGGAACCACUAAAGUUGUGAUUACCCACUUUGACUUUGAGCCAAAAAGAGGAGAGGAAGAUAUGGUUCUAUUUCUGGGCUUCUGACCUUCUGAUGGCCAAUCAGUGGGGCUUGUCGUUGUAUGGCAAGUGUUAUAUAUCUAUAUAUAACUAAUUUUGGAACUGUGAUAGGGAAAGUAUCAAUCAUAUAUGUUGGUGCUGUUUGAUAUAUAUAAGUCUGGUAUCUUAAUAUAUGUGCUUUUAGUACUGUUCA